AGUAUAGCAUCGGAGUUCUUAUGAUGCGCUUUAUUAUUUAGUUAAAGUUCUAUUAUUAUAAUUAGUUGUUGAGUAAAAAUGUGCAAAGUGAUAAUAGUGAUUUGUGUUCUAAUCAUCAAGUUGGUUUCUGCUCAAAAAAACAAAAAUUUCGCUAUAGUUGGCAAUCCACUAGCAUUUUUUAGGCCCUGCAAAGACAAUGAAAAUAUCACGGUCAUUUUUGAAGCCGGAUUGCCACCUGAGGAGGAAAACCAAUAUCAACUACAGAUAAACGAAGAAUUUAGGCGUAAUUACAAAAUGAAUUUGAUAUUUGAUUCAGACGCAACAGUGACACUGGGUAACAACACACCGGCUAGAAUAGAAGCAAAUUCCAAAGAAAGGAUGUUCCAACUAAAAUUCUAUAAUUCCGCCACGAACUUGCAAAUAAAAGUCCAGGGACCACCAUACGGAGGGGUACCUUAUCUCACGAGUCUUGUUCUGAAUACAGUAGAAUACUGUGAAGAACCUAUAUCGGGCUUUUUAGAUGAUAUGUUUAUUUUAGGUCGCAAAGACACUGCAGAAAUUAUUACAAAUGUUCCCGAUGAUUCCUGUGGCAGACGAAAGAUCCAACACACAGAACUAAUCGUUAAUGGUCAGUCAACAAAACCAGGCGAUUGGCCAUGGCACGCAGCCAUAUAUAGGCUGGAGAAAUUCAAAAUUGACUACAUAUGUGGUGGCACUUUGCUAAACAAUAUUUUUGUCUUAACAGCGGCACAUUGUGUAACAUCAAGAGGCAGUCCUGUCCUGCCGGAGACAAGAAACGUAAUUCUUGGGAAAUAUAAUCUAGUUGGAGGGGACAUAUCGCCUCAAGAGAAAGGGGUGCAUCAAAUCAUAGUCCAUAAUGAAUUUAAUCCCAGUAAAUUAGACAACGAUAUUGCUUUAAUAAAGUUGAAAUCUGAAGUGACCUUCAGUGACUACGUGCAACCAGCCUGCGUUUGGUAUUCAGAUGCAAAUAAAAAAUUACCAUCAGGAACUUUGUAUGGAACGGUUGUUGGAUGGGGAUUCGAUCAAAGUGAUUCCUUGUCAUCAUCAUUACAACAAGUAACUAUUCCAAAACAGUCUGAGACAACCUGCAUAAAGAGCAACCCUUCUUUCUUCUCAAGAUUAUUAAACAGUCAAAAAUUCUGUGCGGGAUUCAAUAACGGGACAUCAGCUUGUAAUGGUGAUAGCGGAGGUGCUUUCGUAGUAUUUGUGCCUGAUGAAUCUCAAAAUAUAGCUCCCAAUGCGUCAGGAGCCUGGUAUGUCAGAGGAAUUGUGUCCCUCAGUGUAUCCAGAAGUGAUGUACCGAUAUGUGAUCCUUAUCAGUACGUGAUAUUCACUGAUGUAGCUAAAUACAAGGGCUGGUUAAAUACUCAUAUGAGCUGAAUUUGUUUGGAUUGAAAAUAAAUGCAUUUUAAGUGAAGAACGGAUAUUAUAAAUAUUGUGGAAUUUGUAAAUGAUAUAUUUUCUUUGAUAAUGAUAAUAAUGAAAUAUAUACAGUAUGAAUUUCAUUGGCUUAUGGGGACGCUCAUCGUAUGAACAAUUUAGAAAACUUGCAUUCUUCCACUUCAGAUACAAAAUUCCUCGAACAAUUCUCGCAGAAAUUCACUGCACCAUAUAUUUAUUAUAUCACCACUAUUCACGUUCGAACUCAAAUAUCAAUGAGCUACCACUAACUCAUAAAUGUAAUAUAUUUAACUGCAUUAAUAGCACCAACGUUCUGAAGACUAUGAAGAACAAAUUGAGCAGGUGAAUAUAGGUUCUUCUCAAUCAUCCCACCGUAGAUAGAAUCGCACCUCUCUCAGAUUGCAAUUGCUCCGCUUGCCACUAAACACGGUAGCCUUUUUCACUACACAUAAGAGGGUGGGAGGUAAAAAUAAACCACCAAUUAAUUUCUUGAGUAUUUAUUGGUACUGGUCACAAAAAAAACGGGGCUUGCGACGAAAAAAUUAAAUGGAGCCGUAGCAAUUGCUGGUUAUAUUAAAGUAAGUUUUAUUAUGUAAUAAUUACUCCCACUUGACAAUUUGGAGGUACUUGAGAGAUCUAUGAGUAUUUAUAAAGUAACUAAUCUGGGUGUGUUGCAAAAUCUAAAUAAAAGAUCUCAAGUCAAAUUUGUCAAGCCUCGGGGCUGCUGGAGUGUCCAAGGCAGCAACCGCACAGGUCUACUUAAAGGAUGACCUCAAAAAAAACUCUUGAACGGAGUUUAGAAAAAGCCACAGACCAUCCAGGAACGGGAAGGUCGUACUCCUGUAUGACAAUUCCUAUCAUCAAGUUUAGAUGACGCAUACUACGCCCGACUAGUAACCUCGCCCUGUAUAGGAUAAUAUUAUUUUAAAAAUGCCAAUGGCAAUCCUCCGACCAAUAUAACACUUUGCUGGGUUAUAAUGUAAAAUAAUAUUUCACUAUAUUGCACCGGCGUCGGAAAGAAAAAAUCAUCGAUCAUCGGCGAGUGUCAAAUUGAACACCAAGUUGCCACCACAAAAAAAGGCAAUCAGUGUUUACAGAACAAGAAAAUCCAUUUACCAAAUUUUCGGGCUACAACACAUAAUCCUAAGUUUUUUUUCACGAACACACAGCAAACUAAAUGAAGGUAGAUUCAAAUUUUGAUACAUAAUUUAUAUUUUAUUCAUUUAAUUAUAAAUAAAAUUAGUUGUUUAGUGGAUAUCAUAUACAUACCUGGAAGAAAGUUACCUAAUUGUUUUUACUCUCAGAUUUAGAAAAGUGUUUAAAACUAAUUACGUUAAAUAGCCGAAACACGAAUAGUUCCUAUGUGAUAAUUUUGGAUU